UGCUUCAUCUGCAUCCCACUUUCUUAUCCAAACCAAAAAAAUAUCGUCUCAUUAUCGUUCAGAAGCCUGAACCUGGGUCGACCGACCUAAAUCUGGCCACGAAUGUCAUAUACAGAGCCACCAUCUGACCAGUUUGAUCCUUCGAGUAUCAUGGAUCUCAACGGAGCGGCGCUUGUGAUUGGAGGUGGUAGUGGGAUCGGCAAGGCUUGCGCAUUGUCCUUCACCAAGUUCGGGGUUCGAAGCCUCGUCGUGGCAGACAUCGACUCCAACGCUGCCAAGGCAGCAGUAAUCGAGUGCCGGGCUGCAGCCGUGGCUCGGGAACUGCGCGUAGAGGCAGUAAGCAUCGACGUUACCUCGCAGGAUUCGGUCGACACCGUUCUAAAACAAGUGGCCAAAAUGCUGGGUAGGGUUGAUUACUGCGUCCAUGCCGCAGGGAUCGGCGUGAAAGUCGCCAAUCAGGUCGCAGAGGCAGAUACCACCGAGUUCGAGCGUAUGCUGAAGGUCAAUGUGACCGGGGCAUUCCUCGUCACGCGUGCAAUCUCAACCAUCAUGAAGUCCCAGGAACCGAUUCCUCUGCGGCUUGGGUCGCCGGAGCGUGGAAGUACACGAGGGAGUAUCGUUAUCAUAGGAUCGGCAUCGGCCAUGGUCGCCACACCUAACAUGGUGCAAUACACGACAGCCAAACACGCCGUGCUUGGGAUGACUAAGAAUGCAGCUCUCGACAAUGCAGUCCAUGGAGUCCGGGUGAACAGCGUGUGCCCAUCCUGGGUCGAUACAACGAUGGUUCGCAAGGCUAUGGAUGAUGUACCUGACUUGGCAGACAUGAUCAAGGCUGCAGUGCCUAUUGGACGGAUCGCGCUCGCAGAUGAGGUGGCUGACGCCGUCAUGUUCUUCUGCAGUUCUAUGUCUAGCUACGCCACUGGUUGCAAUAUGAUUCUGGACGGGGGUACGACGCUGUCAGCAGACAGAUAGGAUUCUGUUACCAUGUAGGCAUAUGAUGCACAAGUUCGUGCCAGGUCAGAUAGCAAGGUAUAAAGCGCAGGUCAGCACGGAAAAAUGCAUGUCAGACCUCUGCAACACCUGUGCACUGAUAAAAAGCCUUACAAACGGCACAUCUGGGCGUGGAUAAAACGUAGAAAAGAUUAAUCCUGCUCAAUUUUGUAAUCACUAAUGCGCGGUGUGAAUUGACGUACAGAUGCUGACGCCAAGAUGUGACUCCCUGAC